AAGACGAAAGUAUUUCUACUUCAACAUCUGGAGCAAACACCUUGAUAGUUAAAACUCUCACUAUUGUCUGUAGUUCCUUCAGCCACGCUUUAUCUCUGAUUCGUCAAUCAAUAAGACCUAUAUAUCAGCCACCAUGCCUAGCUAUACCGGGAAGUGCGUCUGUGGCAACGUCAAGUACAGUGUGUCAUUGGACUCACCCGAUGAUGCCCGAACUUCAUUAUGCCACUGUGGAAGUUGUAAAAGGGCAUUUGGAACUAAUUUCGGACUUACCACAAAGGUUGCACUUGAUGGAUUCAGCUACGACCAAGGCAAACCCAAGAUCUUUAAGCAAGAGAAUGGCGUAGUCCGAGAGUUCUGUGACAAUUGCGGCGCUUUCAUUUGUGAAUAUGGUGAACAAGCCGCGGACAAGUUCCGAUAUAUCAUGUGGGGUACAUUUGAUGAGCCCGACAAGUUUCCUCCCAAGGGAGAAUUCUUCUGCAAGUAUAGAGAGAACUGGAUGCCAGAAGUACCAGAUAUCUUUCACAAGAAAGAGAUCAAGGAGUAAAUCCAAUGUUAUAAACUGGUUGUUGAGGUUCCGAUAUUGGCGUGUGGAGGAGU